GUCCGAUCCAUAGGUUUGAGUUCUAGUUCUGCCUUGGUGUUCAGAGAUUUAUCAGACCGACUGAUCAACUAAAAGCAAAGCAAGGGAUGAUGUUCUCAUAUAAAGCUGAAAAUAAAACGAUUGACUUGUUUUAGGAGUCGAACUUUCGCGUAGCCAGGGUGGAAUUCCCCGUGACUUGGAGUUCUAUCAACGCGCAAAGGCAACUCUUCUUCCACCACAACAUCUACACAACCACUACCUUUCAACGUACGAUGAGUGGAAAGUCGAAAAAGGACAAGAAGCAGCAAGAUGCGAAAAGUAAAUCGAGGGAAGGACAAGACGAAGAUGACUGAGUCGAAGAGAUUCCCCAGGGCGACUUGCGAGUAGAGAAUGGUCAGGCUUGGAUAAUGACACAGCAAAGUAAUCCGGCAGGAAUGAUCACUAUGAGAGAGUGGAACUUCUCCGCUGAGAUAUUACCACAUGUAUUGCCUUCAUCCUUCAAUGCACAAGCGUCACAAUCUGGUCCGGCGAAUCAACAAAGCAUCGAGCCGGCGGGACACAGAUCCAGCAAUACCAGGCACGGGUUCUCAACAAAGUCAGAUGAACAUUGACGCUCCUUCGCUAGAAGACAACGGAGGAAAGAAACCUCAAGGUCAGGGUCAGAAUGGAAAGCAGUCGGGGGCAAACACAAAUGUGGCAGCAAAGCCUCCGGCAACAAAUCAGGAAGCUCAAACAUGUGCCAACUGUCUCAAACCUGGACAUCCCAUCGCUCGGUGUCAAGGUCCAGCAGAUGAACACGGUUUUAUGCCUGGAUGUCCCUCCUGCAACAAGCUGGAUCACAUAUACGAGCAGUGUCCGAAGUAUAACCCUGACGCCCCUAAUGCCGCGAAAAGACUCGCAAAGGUCAUGCUGCGGAGCAGACAGAAUCGAGUGCCGCUGAAGUGUACCAAGCCUCCUGUUGAGCAUAUCAUGCCUGGACCAGGUGAAGAAGUCCACGGCCUCAUGCCAUGGACCAAAGAGUUCGCCAUCGAUGACGCAAGAGCGCAUCCAGAGUAUUGGAAGGGUCUCAAAUACCACCGAUAUCCUAGAUAGGACUGGAUGCUUGCGAAGGACAACAACUGGAUGGAUGAAAAGUCGUUGAGGUAUAGCCAAAACGUUCGUUUCUUAGAGACGGAGUUCCCGUCAAUAGUCAAGGGCUUCCUCUCCGUCCCAAGCGUUCUCGAAGCAGUUCAAACGAGAUCCAGCAGAAUGGCUCAAACA